AUGGCCAAGUUUUGUAUCAACGAUAAUGUGGAUGUUCUGAUUGAGGUAUUGAAGAGACUCGAUGAUCGCUCACUCGGUGUGGCUGCUUGUGUUUGCAAGACGUGGUGCUCGUUAACUCGGAACGACUCGUUUUGGGAACACAUGUGCUUCCGCCAGCUGUCACCGCCACCCGAAGGUGUACGGGCUGUGGUGGUGGCGUUGGGUGGGUACCGGAGGCUGUACAUUUGCUGUGUGAAGCCAGUACGGGAGGUACGUGAGUUCAACAGAGUUUGGACUCGGCAUGAGAUGGAACUCUCUUUGUCUUUGUUCUGUGUCGACUAUUAUGAGAGGGUUUUGCUUGGUGGAGGUGGUGGUAGUGGCGGCGGCCGACUUGGUAGUGACUCGGCCGCCUCCGCCUCGCUGAUGCUCCUUUGCAAAGCUGUGAACGUGUGA